AUGGUGAAGAAGUAUAUAUUUAUCUCAGUUCUGACUGUGUUGCUAGGCAACGUAUAUGGAAAGUGGGUUGAAGGUAGAAUUAACACGAAGGAGAACUGGGCGUUUCUCGCAAGAUUCUGUUUCCUGUCGCUAGAGGGCGAGUUUGAGUACCUGAUUGAGUUUGAAAGAGAUAUGGGGACGCCCAAUUUAUUACUAUAUUACGACGAUCAGUCACAAUGGCCCUCUGUGUAUCAUAGCAAACGGACGUGUCAGGACCGCGAAUCAGUACUCAAUAAAGGCGGACAAAACCAGAUUGUCAAACUAUCACACUGGUAUCCUGACACUGAAUAUUCAGGCUGUGUACUCACGAAGGCCAACAAGGAAUUGCCGUCUGCUAAAAGUACAACACCUAAACCAAAAGCAAAACAAACGUUCAAACCAAAAUCGAUUCCUAAAAACAACAUCCCUGUAGACCCAGAAUACUAUGACCAGUUUUUGAAAACUACCACGUCUACAAAAACUACCACUGACGCAACCACAAAGGAGCCAAACGCUACCACAUGGUACGAAUUGAUUCCGGACGAGUUUAACUCUACCACGGAGUUGCCAGAUGAAUUAUGGGAGAACAUAGGGCCAGUUAAGAAUGGUAAUCUCUCGGAAGAUUUAAAAGAUGUGGAAUUGCUUUUUGAUAACUAUAAUAACAGCCAUAAAAUAAAGCGAUCCAUAGAAUUGUACGAACGUUACCGUCGGCGGCGUCUCAAUGCAGAGUCUUAUCAAAAUGAGUUCAGCGAGACGGAGAGGAUGAUUGUGUCCUGUCACAAUUCGAGGCGGUUUCGUUCAGCUAGAGAGAGAUGGUGGUUCAUAGCUAUAAGUAACUGUGAUAGUCCUAAGGGCUUAGAUGUACGAUACAAAUUUUUAAUGACAAAUGGCCCAGAUGGUGAUUUUUGGCACAAGCAUUUUUCCGCAGAUGAGUUUUAUGUCCUACCAAUACUUCUAUCGUACACCUUCGCAUACAUAAUAGUGAUGAUCGCAGUAGUGAUGUGCUCAGUUGAAUUACGUACUCGACAUCUCUUACAUUCAACAUACAAGCUGUUUCUAAUAUCGAUAGUGGUACAGCACAGCGGUGUGCUCUUACAAGCGUUAGCUAAUAUAAGAUAUGCUAGUAAUGGCGUUGGGGCAUCAGCUGCUAAGAUAACUGGGCAAUUCCUUUGUGGGGCAUCGGAGACAACGUUCCUUCUUCUCCUGAUACUAUUAGCCAAGGGUUACACGAUCACACGUGGUCGUUUAAAGGUCGGAUUCACGGUCAAGUUGACCGUGUUUAUGUGCCUCUACGUGCUCACGUAUGUGGUCAUCUUCAUCUAUCAAGCUAAGGCUUUUGAUCCGGGCGAGGUGCUGUAUUUGUAUGAGAGUCCGGCGGGGUAUGGUUUAAUUGUACUUCGAAUAUCCGGUUGGUGUGCCUUCGCGUACGCUACAUACUUCACUGUCAAAAAAUAUCCAGAAAAGAAUAUGUUCUACUGUCCAUUUUUUAUCUGUGGCACGCUGUGGUUUUAUGCAGGACCGCUCUUUAUAUUGACUGCUAAUUCAUAUAUAGAUAAAUGGGUGCGUGAAAGCGUUGUGACCGCGGUGCUACUGUUUAUAUCAUUCUGUGGCCACGUUAUGUUUUUACUCCUAACUUUACCUGUGUUCGCAAAUAAAAAUUUUCCUUACCACGUCAGAACUACUCAAAUAGGAGUAAUGGAGGUGACAAGCAAUCCUGCGUUAGAUGGCUUUGGACCAAACCCCUAUCACCCCAAUUCUGGGGCACAGACUGUCAUCAUUCCUCUUACCAGACGAACAGAGGAACUGAUAGGCAGUAUUUAUAACCAAUACAUGGCAACAGCGCCCCCGUUGUCGCUAGAGAGUGAAACGCUAAAGCAAAAUGGCGCGAAAAGAAUAAACUCCGUUAAAUCGAAUGGACUCAUACAACAGAAUAGCACAGAUACUAACAAAUCCGAAGAUAUAAAACCACAGAUAAAAGAUAAAGAAAUAUUUACUGUGGAAAGUCAAAUAGCAAAAAUAGAAGCACAAGAGCAAUCAAACGAAACGUCAAAUGACAUUAAUGACAGUUCAGUGUUGCCAGUUGAUUUGCCGAGUAACGGGGUAAAUGGCGUCGACUUGCCGAAUGUUUCUAGGUCUAAAAGAAUUAUAUUAGAGCCGAUAAAAAGGGAUGUACCUUCGUGGUCGUUAGCCAAGGGACCUUCAGUAGUUUCAAUGCAAAGGAAAAGCGAACAAGAACAACAGUUGCCACCAAUAGCCAAUGGAAAAAGACCGUCAGUACGGACUAUGCAGUCAAAAGCUGGUGUGAUUAGCACCAUUCACGAAGGACGCGAACAGACAUACAAUAGGACUGAAGGGCUAUUUACUGUGUCUAAAGGAUGA